CUUCUCACCGUUUUAGGAUCAGAACUCCAGUCUGCCAUGGUCGCCAAACAUACAGAUUCUAAGGCAGAGGAGGAGAGUCCUGUCUGGGAUGAGCCUCCUCCCUACUCAUUCCUGUCUUCUGGCGCUAUUCUCGCCUCCUCGUUUACACUGAACGCCGAUGGAACUUUGAACGUUGAUCUUGAGUCCGCAGCCCCCGAUGAGCUGACCAAGUUGCUACCCAUACACCGGCCCGCUGUGCCAGAACCAGAGGUGGAGUCUCCGAGGAAAUGCCCUCCGCUGAACAUUAUCGUGCAAGUGGUUGGCAGCAGAGGAGAUGUGCAGCCGUUCAUCGCCUUGGGAACUGCUCUCCAACGCUAUGGACAUCGCGUACGGCUAGCAACUCACAAUGUCUUCGCAGAUUUUGUGCGAAAGUCAGGAUUAGAGUUCUACCCAAUUGGAGGCGACCCUGAGGACUUGAUGUCUUAUAUGGUGCGUAAUCCCGGCCUGCUUCCAUCCCUCGAUUCCCUGAAAGGAGGAGACAUUCCACGUAAACGACGCAUGAUCCAGGAAAUGUUGCGAGGCUGUUGGGACUCCUGCAUACUACCAGAUCCUAUCUCAAAGGAGCCAUUUGUUGCAAACGCAAUCAUUGCGAACCCUCCAUCGUUCGCACACGUGCAUUGUGCGCAAGCAUUGGGAAUUCCUGUCCACCUAAUGUUUACUAUGCCAUGGACGGCAACGCGUGCAUUCCCACAUCCACUUACGAAGGUGAAAGCUAGAGAUAUACGACGAUCUCAAGCAAACUACUUCAGCUAUGGCAUUGUCAAUAUCAUGACUUGGCAAGGUUUAGGCGAUGUGAUCAACAAAUGGCGUGUGAAAGAUCUACACUUGGAACCCGUCCAUACAAGCAUGGGCCCAGAUCUCAUUGACUUCUUGAAAUUACCAUUUACCUACUGCUGGUCCCCUGCACUGGUCCCCAAGCCCCAGGAUUGGGGCUCAAACAUCGAUAUCUGCGGAUUUUUCAUGCGAGAUGAACCUGCAUACACACCACCUCAAGACCUCGACAAUUUUCUUCGCGCCGGCCCAGUCCCGGUGUAUAUUGGAUUCGGAAGCAUCGUUUUGGAAGACGUGAAAAGAAUGACCGAAUCAAUUAUCCAGGCUUGUCGGGUUGCCAACGUCAGAGUCAUUGUGUCCAGAGGUUGGAGUAAACUAGGAGGGGAUAACCCGAGUACAAACGAUGUCUUCUACCUGGGAGACUGUCCUCAUGAAUGGCUUUUCAAGCAAGUCUCUGCUGUCGUUCAUCACGGUGGAGCUGGCACCACAGCCUGUGGUCUUUAUAACGCUCGGCCGACAGUGAUCGUACCUUUCUUCGGCGACCAGCCCUUCUGGGGCAACGUGGUUGCCAGCAACGGGGCAGGACCGGUUCCGAUACCGCAUACCGCCCUUAACAGCGAGAACCUGGCAGAAGCUAUCAAGUUCUGUCUAACUCCCGCAGCUCAGCAGGCCGCCCGAGCUGUCGCAGAACAGAUGCGCCGCGAGAACGGAGUUGAGAUGGCUGUGCAAUCCUUCCAUCGUCACCUAGAUAUGCCGAAGAUAUCUUGUGACGUUCUACCUCAACGUGCGGCAGACUGGGUGUGUCGUCUAUCGAAGUCGAAAGCGGAGACGAAAUUGUCUCAUGCGGCAUUGAAAGAGAAGGUUUCCGAAGGCCAAGCCAAGCUCGCAGAUGCAGUACCAUAUCGACCAAAGGACUACAAUAUGGACGUGGAACGGCUUGAUCCGUUGUCUGCUGGUGCGUCGGCUACAUUCGGCGUGCUGACCGAUUUUACAUCCGCUCUGGGUGGUACCUUUAUCGACCCGUUCAAGCAACACAAACAAGCUAGACUUGCAGGUGGUGAUGGAGGGUCGGCUGAUUUGGCAGCAGUCGCUGCUGUGGGUAGAGGGGUCACUUCCAUGGGUACAAGCUUGAGCAAAGGCGCUCUGGUGGGUAUGCCUUUGGCACUUGCAGAGGGGCUCAGGAAUGCCCCAAGGCUAUAUGGUGAGGAAAUCAAAGGUCAUGAGAAAGUGAAAGACUGGAAGAGUGGAGGUGUAGUUGCUGCGAAGAACUUUGGCACAGGGUUCUAUGAGGGGAUCACGGACAUUGUGACUAAGCCGUACGCUGGUGCCAAGAAGGAGGGCGCUUUGGGUUUUAUCAAAGGUGUCGGCAAAGGCUCGAUGAAUAUGGUGGCGAAGCCUGGGAGUGCAAUGUUCGGACUGCUCGCGUAUCCUGCGCAGGGAGUAUACAAGAGCAUAGAGAGCCUCAAAAAGAGCCCUGUCACAGAUGCAGUCAGGGCUGGAAAGCUUGCAAGUUACGAGCGCUAG